AUGGCCAGUGGUACCAACGUGCGCCAUGCUGAGGUGAUGGGCACCAGGGGAGCCGGGCCGAGCCCGCCCCGCAACCCCGCGCUGUGCCGGGGAGCCCCGCGAUUGAGCCCGGGGAGCCCCGCCGGGCUGGGCUCCGUUCUGCUGAGUGAGGCACAGAUUCCGGAAGGGUCUCCUUAUUAUGACAACGUCCGUCCACUCUCUUACCCAGACUCUGAUGCAGUCUUGAUCUGCUUUGACAUCAGUCGUCCAGAGACUCUUGACAGUGUGCUAAAAAAGUGGAAAGGAGAAAUCCAGGAGUUCUGCCCGAAUACCAAAAUGCUUUUGGUUGGUUGCAAGUCAGACCUGCGCACGGAUGUAAGCACACUUGUAGAACUCUCCAAUCACAGGCAGACACCCGUGUCCUAUGACCAGGGUGCAAAUAUGGCCAAACAGAUUGGAGCAGCUACGUACAUUGAAUGCUCAGCCUUACAGUCAGAAAACAGUGUCAGAGACAUUUUCCAUGUUGCCACCUUGGCGUGUGUGAAUAAAACAAACAAAAACGUGAAACGAAACAAAUCACAGAGGGCAACAAAGCGAAUUUCACACAUGCCUGGCAGGCCAGAACUUUCUACAGUGGCUACAGACUUGCGAAAGGACAAAGCAAAGAGUUGCACGGUGAUGUGAAGGACCUGGAUUUCCUUGAGCAGGAGGAAGAGAGCAUUCGGGAGAGGUGGAGGCUCAAUGAAGUGUGCAGCCACGUGGUUUUUAGUGAGUGCUUCUGCCAGUGCUUUAAAGGAGACUCUUCACCUCUUGUGUGAGACUGUACUUAGGAACUGAGCAUGUAGACCGAGCAGGGAGAAGAAAUGGCUCUGAAUGAGGUGGCAUCAGGAGAUGGUACGUGGAAGAAAAUGCCAAAAAUGAGAACACUUGAAUGUGCUGGGGGAAAAAAACAAAAAAAAAAAAGAGGGUGAAUAGGAAAAAAAAAAACACCACGAAGAAGAGAGACGUCAUUGACGGUGCUUGUUUCUUUUCUUGAUGCUCUAUUCCCGGAUGCUACUGCUUUGAUUUCUUUAAAAUGAUAGUUUAAUGGUUUUUGUUUUUUUUUUUAAAGAAGACAUUAUUAAUACACCCUCGUUAAGGAACUAUCCCUGUGACCUUGUAGUUGGUUUUCCAAAGGAGAUGAUCUAAUUUUGUAGUAGCUCCUCGUUGAAAUGCAGAGUAUACCAAGGCCUAUACAUCACCUAGAGGAAAACACUGUACGUGAGAAGUUUGGAGCUUUGCCUUUCUGAGAUGGCAGCACGAGCUGAAUAAUAGUGACAUAUUGGUCAUGGAGAAGGCCGUGUGAGGUUUCCCAGUGUAAUAGGUGACCUCACAGCAGGAAUUAAAUGGAUCCAGGUGGGAUGUGAGGGCAAACUGCCUGCCUUUUGGAGCCUGACUUUCAAUUCCUCUUCGUGAUUGUAAUUUAAGGUGGAAAUGAUCUCAAGUUCUGGUGUACUGUAUGGGUAUUUCACUGUAGGUUCAGCUCUAAAAUCAAGUGAAAGGUGCUAAGAGCUAUGACUACAAAUGAUUCUUAGUUUAAAAACAAAAAACACAAUUCGUUAAGCCUUACUGCCCAUCUGGAGAAGCCCUGAGCCUCCUCUGCUCCUGCUCAGAGCUGGGGAGCCCGGUGGUUCCCACCUCCAGCCCUCUGUAAACGCUAUGAAGUGCUAUUCUGUGAUACGGUUCUCUGCAACAGUGUUGGGAAAAACCCAGAAAUCUGCAGGUGAGCCAGCAGAGCCAGGUUACCCAUGGUUAGCCACUGGUGUGCAGUUGUUUGGGGCAGCCAUCUCUCAUUUGCUCAUGGUGAGCGCUGUGAGGAAAUGGAGGCUGAAGAACUGUGACGCCUUAAGGGGACCCCAGUGGAAACUGGAUACAGCAUUUAGUCUUUAAGACUAAUAUCUACUUAUCCAGACAGCAGUCCUUAACCAUUACGUGGGUGAACUGAUCGAGUUCUUUUUUUUUUUCCUUACUGAUUGCUGUUACAUUAACUCUGUCAGCUCUUAAAUUUGUUCACAACUGUUUACUGACCGACUUCAUGGCUCCUCUGGAGGGGGAUGCUGUAAUCUCUAACCGGUGUGGCUAUAGCUUGUUGAGAACAAGCAGUUUGUUUCCAAGGAUGAUGCUUCAUUUUUGAAGUGUUGAAGCUGUGUUCAUGUUGACUUCUGCAAAGGUAAAGGAUUACCACAAUUAAAACUCAGUGUGUUCCCAGCACUUUUUUUUUUUCUUCAUCCAAUGAUUAAAAAAAGAGAAAGAAAUCCAUUCCAAUUAUUUCCCACACAAAAAGACAUUUCUUUACCACCAUAAUAAGCUUAUGACUGAUGCAGCAGUGCGCUUAGGGCAGUAUUACAAAAUAGCUGGUAAGUGCUUUCUGUAUUUAAAUAUUGUGGAAGAAAAUAAGUUAUAACUGUUAUAAAACAGGACACUCAUUACAUUUUUUUUUUUAAAUUGUUGAAGUCACUUUGUAUGUUCGGUUAAUGUUUCUGCAGUAUUUAUUAAAAUACCAUUCUUUUCUUUGAAUUAAAAAGAAAGUAAUUGACUUGUAGUA